AUGACAGAACUAACUUAUAGAGAGAAAGGAUUCUUGGCAUUCUUUCUAACACCUUUGUUUAGCAAAUUGUUACCUACCAGUAAAGUACAUCAUUUCUUUACUCUACUAAAGGCAGGUACGAUACUAUCGUUUGCUUUUGUUAUUUCAGCACUUUCAUCAUGGCAGUAUAUAGUUAUUGCACCAGUUCUCAUUAUUAUUUUUAUAUAUUUAUUGUUUGCCUCGUUAAUACAUCUUAGAGGUAUACCUCAGUCACAUACUCAUAUUGCUCUGAGUGAUAUUGAGUUGAUGCCAGGUGUAUCUGAAGCUCAUCAUAACAAUAGCAACAACUCUGUCGCUUGGAAUGAGUUUGAAGUCGAUGAAGAUGACUACAACGACUCGAAUGCUCAUGGUGAGCUAAACGAUAUCAACAGUAAGCCGACUUUUAGAGAUCCACGAGCUUUGUCCAGAGGCAAUAACAGGCUGGCAAAUGCAGUGGACAAUGUCAAGCGAACCGCCAAGAAUUUGGUCUCCAUCGGUUGGUAUAGGAAACAAUUGGCAUUGUCAAGAGAUGACAUAGUUAGAUCUCCAAAGACAUCGAUUUUCCUAAUGAUUUUGGUGCUGGUGUUUGCAAUUGUUGUGCCGCUAGCUCUAGACAGAGUAUGUGUUUGCUCUCAUCCAAUGACCAUAUCCGUUCGAUUGACACGUAGUACCUAUUGUUCAAAUGACGAGAUUUGUCAUCUUUAUCUGACGCUACCAGAGGAUCCGUCUCACUCGAUGAUACUUCAGUAUCAUACUCGUGACUUUCCUUCGGAUUUCUGUGUCACCGUUCAAUCGCCAUCCGGAGAGAAUACAACCGUUGGACGAUCUUUUAUACAACCGAUGGAUUCAAUCAUCAAAGAAGAGUCGCGAUACGUCUCUACUCAUUAUUUAGAUAAUUUACAACCAAACACUAUCUACUCACUCAGUGUUUGUUACAACAAAGGAAAGGUGUGUUCUCCCAUACACAAAUUUAGAACACUGCCUAUCGACAACGAUACACCCGUUAGAUUUGUAGUGGGUGGUGAUAUUCAGUUGAAUAAAGAUGCAAGGGAUCUGGCUGCCGAAGCUAUUAAAAAACGAUUUAGUCCAUUGCAUUUUGUGGUUAUUGGAGGUGAUGUUGCCUACGCCGAGGGUGUUCCUGCGUGUUACCAGCGAUGGGACGAGAAGCUCGCAUUUCUGAUAAGUAAUUUUGGAAAUACAUCGGAAGGACUAAUGCUGCCUUUCCUAUUUGCAAUUGGUAAUCAUGAAGCUGGUGCAUUCUUCCAGCCGAGAUCGAGUGUUCCUUUCUUUUUCAGAUAUACAUCAUUCACGGCAAAAGAUGCACAUAGCAGCCCUCAAACUCGAUCUUCAUAUCACAUGCAUCAACUGAGCUCAUUUGGCAGUCUGGCGAUAUUGGAUAGUUGUGUAAUCAGUUGUUGGGGUCCCCAAUCCACAUGGCUUGACGAUCAAUGGAGUUCGACCAAAGACAACAUAACCAAUAGAGUAGUAAUAUAUCACUCUCCAAUAUAUCCUGCAGGUUCACAGCCAUUAACAGCAAAAAUUCCGUCAAUGGGACAAUCCACCAUUACAAAGAUAUUCGAUAAAUAUAAUGUAUCAUUGGUAUUGGAAAAUCACGAACAUAUUUUCAAGCGAACAAAACCACUGAGGAAUGGCAAAGUGGAUGAAGAAAAUGGAACAGUUUACGUAGGUGGCGGAGCAUUUGGUAUAGGUUCUCGUACUAAACCUGGUAAUACAACUAAUUUACCAUGGUUCCUUGAAAAAAGAUCUUUAACAAAGUAA